GAAGUUAUUUACACAUUUGAGCACCAAAGAUGAUUCGCAAACAAGCACGCCAAAGGCGUGAUUAUCUCUACCGACGAGCCCUUCUACUGCGGGAUGCCGAAAUCAGCGAGAAGAGAGCUAAGCUGAGAGCAUCACUCGCUUCAGGAAAACCAUUGGACCCAGAAAUCGCCAAUGAUAAAUCAUUAAGGAAAGAUUAUCAAUAUGAUGAGUCUCGCGAUCUCACUACGAACGAGCAGCUGGACUUGGACGACGAGUAUGCACAGCUGUCUGGCAUCGUCGACCCUCGAGUUCUCGUAACGACUUCUCGCGAUCCUUCGGCCAGAUUAUCAGCAUUCGCAAAGGAAAUCAGGCUUCUUCUACCAACUUCUAUCCGAAUGAAUCGUGGUAACCUCAUUCUGCCCGACCUGGUCAAGUCUGCGCAGUCCGCAGGCCUGUCUGAUAUGCUUCUACUUCACGAACAUCGCGGUACCCCUACGGCCUUGACAAUUUCUCAUUUACCUCACGGGCCGACAGUCUCAUUCUCCCUGCACAACGUCGUUCUCCGCCACGAUAUUCCCGGUAGCGUUCGAGGAACCGUGUCAGAGGCAUACCCUCACCUGAUCUUCGACGGCUUCACAACUCGCCUGGGAGAACGAGUUGUUAAAGUGCUGAAGCAUUUAUUCCCUCCCCGAGAACCAAUUACCAGCAAGAACAAGAUUGGCAACCGAGUAGUAACGUUUAAGAACAUUGACGAUAGCAUCGAAGUCAGACAUCACGUUUUCGUACGGACAGGUUACGACAGCGUUGAGUUGGCCGAGGUCGGACCUCGAAUGACCAUGAGAGUAUUCGAAAUUCGCGGAGGUACACUGGAGAACAAAGAGGGUGACGUUGAGUGGCAUUUGUCGCAAUACACGCGAACCUCUAGAAAGAAGAACUAUCUCUGAGCAGACAUUCCCUGACCAAACUUGGCCCUUUUCAUUUUCUUCACAAACGGAGGCUGCUUCUGGAACAUUACGUGGUCCAAUUACCGGCGGACCUGCAAGGCUAUUUUCCAACGCUACCGAUUGUGGCGGUUUUUAACGCCUUGAAGUCUGAUAGAGGUGGCCAUUUGACUUUGGCUGCAACAGUGUCAGUCUGGAUUUUGAUUCACAGCCGGCGCCAUAUUGAGGGAGCUCCGCCACGAUGGCGACGUAAGGCACAGUGGAUCGGUAUACAAGCCACAAAUUAUAUAUCAGCAAUACUAUUGGAAUGGGAAAAGAUAGGUUGGAUUCUAGCAUUGGCUCACGAUGGCCGAUAUGUGUGCGCAGCAGUAAUGGGCAGCACCAUGAGAUGGACGAUUGUAUAUAUGAAAUUCGCGUUUAUGUGUACAUACUAGUAAUAAUAAAUGACUACAUACAC